UAAGAAAAAAUGCUUUGGUGUCAUGAAAAUCAAUGUUAUUGGUUUUAUUUUCGUAUAAGAAUUUUAUCGGUUUUGGUUGUCAUAGAAGCUAAUGUUAUUGGUUUUGUUAUUGGAAACAAAACCAAGUUGCUUAGAGCUGUCACUUUUCAUUUGCUCACUUUGGGAUAUAUUGUAAAAAUGGGAAAGCAUAAAAAUAGUACCCAAAAUAAAAUUAUCCUGGAGUUUAUGGAGAAGUAUCCAGACCUAGCAAAGGGGGGGUUUACAAAGUGUGAUAAGCCAAAAGUGGAUGCCCUAUGGCAACAAUUGUCAGAAUCACUAAAUAGUGCAGGUCCACCACAAAACGAUGUUAACGCAUGGAAGAAGAAAUGGACUGAGUGGAAAAGCGAAGUGAAAAGAAAGAUGGCGCAAAAUAAAGCUGGUGGACCGUACGCAAAACAUCAGUUGACAGCUAAUGAAAAGGCUAUAGUGCGUUUAUGUGGCUUUGCGCAGUCAGUAGAAGGUGUGUCCGGCAUUGCAUUUGAUCUCACGGAAGAUGUUGAUGUUUCUGUUGAGGAAGAAAUGCCCUCAACAUCUUCAAAGCGCCGUUUAAAAAAAAUUCUAGAUGACCAAAGUGAAAUCAAUUUGGAGUUAAAUGCAAAUGUUAAGGAGUUGGUAAAAAUAGAGCAACAAAACGCAAGCAGUCUAAAGCGCACUUAUGGGGCUAUUGAAAAAGGAAAUGAGUUAGUCGCGAGGGCAAUCAAUGAUUUAAGAAAAGAGUUUGUCCGGUAUAGCGAAGGAAUUUUAAAUUGCAAAAAGGAAAAAUUGGAAAUAAUGAAGAGACAAUUGGAUCUGGAAACGAAAAAGUUUGAGUUCCAAAAAAAACAAAUGAAACCAACAUUGGUACAAAAACGACAAUAAGCAAAACCGACAUGGAUUCUGUGACAGCCCUGAUAAAAAUAUGUGGAUGUUUUACAAAUUUCUGUAACGUUUCUAAUGCAUUUUUGGCAUGUCUUUGGACAUCUAUUACCUGAUCGAUACAUUAAACAGCAAUAUACAUACAUUUUGUCCAAUCUUUGUACUUUUAUGUCAUUAUAAAAUAUUUUUCAAGUAUAAAAAAAACUUGGUUUCGUAACAUUUGUUUAGAAAACUAAAAAUGAGAAUAA